GCCGGCGGGGCGGGGGCAGGUCGUGCCCUUGCAAGAUGGCGGCCGCGGGGCUGUGGCCGGCACGGGCGCUGCUGGGCCGGCCCGGCGGGGCGCUGCGGGCGCUCUGCGGCUCCGUGCGGGGCCUCGCCGCGGGGCCGGAGAUGCACUUCGGCUUCCAGACCGUGACGGAGGCGGAGAGGAGGGAGAAAAUUUACCAGGUCUUUGAAAGUGUGGCCAAGAAAUAUGAUGUAAUGAACGAUUCAAUGACUCUAGGGAUUCAUCGAGUGUGGAAGGAUAUCCUCGUCCAUAAAAUGAACCCUUCCCCAGGAACACUUCUUCUUGAUGUUGCUGGAGGAACAGGUGACAUCGCGUUUAGAUUUAUUAAUUAUGUUCGCUCUGUACGAGAACGUCAGCUCCAACGGAAGCUUAGGCACCAUCAAAAUUUAUCGUGGCAGGAAAUUGCUGAGAGUUACCAGGAAGACAAAUCAAAGUCUUUAGGGGAUUCCCAAGUGGUGGUCUGUGACAUUAACAAAGAAAUGUUAAAAGUUGGGAAGCAGAGAGCACAGCAUCUUGGCUACACUGAAGGCUUGUCCUGGGUACUUGGGAAUGCUGAAGAGUUGCCCUUUGAUGAUGAUAAGUUUGAUGUUUACACAAUUGCCUUUGGAAUCCGAAAUGUAACUCGUAUUGAUUUGGCCCUUCAGGAGGCUUAUCGUGUGCUGAAACCAGGGGGAAGAUUUCUCUGCCUUGAAUUUAGUCACGUCAGCAACCCUCUUCUUUCCAGUCUCUAUGAUCUGUACAGUUUCCAGGUUAUCCCUGUGCUGGGUGAGGUUAUUGCUGGUGACUGGAAGUCUUACCAGUAUCUUGUGGAGAGCAUCCGACGUUUUCCCCCUCAGGAGGAAUUGAAGGCAAUGAUAGAAGAUGCUGGGUUUCUUAAGGUGGAUUAUCAGAAUUUAAACUCGGGCAUUGUUGCCAUUCACUCUGGUUUCAAACUGUGAGUUUACCAUGUAGCAAAACACAGGAAGUGUAAUUUUCUUGAAAAAUAUGAAGGCUGUGUGGAAUUUCAAUGCUCUCAAGAUUGAAGAGGAGCUUUAAUAACUUAUGCAACAGGUACUUGCUCACCAAUCACCUGGAAGAACAUCGGCUACCUUUUUUUGCCCAUGAAACCUGUAGAUGAAGUGACUCCUGUCGUGUUCCUUACACUUGCACUUUCCUUCAAGUGCAAUGCAAAGGACAUGGCCGAAACUGAGCAAUGCUAACAAAUGAAGCAACUUCAGUUACCAGAAAUAGAUUGACUGGUCUUCAAAUAAGAAUCCUCCUUUUUUUUUACUAAGCUUCAAGGAGGAUAUCAUGCCAGUGAGAAGUAACUUGGAUUUAUUAGAUUUUUAUUAAGCUGAUUGUCUUUGUUAUGUGGACUCUUAAGGGAUUUUUCCCCACAAUUCCUUCUUUUGAAGGCAAAUGGAAGGCUUGUGAAAUAAAACAGCUCUGCAUCAA